ACAGCUGAGUUUCCGUGCUGGCGCAUGCGCUGUGCAUCUGUCGGAGUAUGAGGAGCAGCUGAGGAUCAGAUCCGGAGAUGAAGACUCCACCAGACAGGUCAGGAAUCACCUUCGAGGUCGGAGCUCAGCUGGAGGCCCGAGAUCGACAAAAGAACUGGUAUGCUGCCACUAUUGAGAAGAUCGAUUAUGACAAGGAGCGGGUUCUGGUCCACUACCGCCAGUGGAGCCGUCGACACAACGAGUGGUUCCACUGGAGCUCGCCGUACCUUCGCCCGCUGGAGCGCGUCAGCCUGAGGAGGCAGGGCCUGAUGCCGCCGCAGGCCCAGCCGGUCUUCGUUUUGGGCUCCAAAGUUCUGGCCUGUUGGACCGACUGCCGCUUCUACCCGGCAAAAAUCCUCAAAGUCAAUAAAGACGACUCGUACACGGUGCGGUUCUACGACGGCGUGGUCCAGACGGUGAAGCCGACCAAAAUCAAACCCUUCCACGAAAGGUCCAGAUCAGAGAGGAGCGCAGUGGGGAGCGAGGGAUGGGAGGAGGGCGAGAGUGAGGAAGAGGAGCAGAACCCCAAAGAGGGGGGAGGCCAGGAGAUACAGGAGGAGGAGGAGGAGAAGAAGGGAGGAGAAGAAGAGGAGACCUCAGAGGAGAAGGAAGGAGCUGAGGAGGACGAGGAGGAGGAAGAGGAGGAGAGGAAGACAGCAGAGCCUUCUUCCUCUUAUCCACCAACAAAGAAGAAGACAGAAAACAACAGAAGUGAUGUAGUUCAGAAACAGCCAAUCACAGCAGACUCCACCCUGGCAGCAGUUCCUAACCCCGCCCACAUUGACAAAGAUGUCCUGAUGGAGCGCCAGGCUCACCUUCCCACCACACACAAGUUCAGCAGAGAGCCACUGUACAGGGUGAUAAAGAACCAGCCUCCUCCUAUUCUGUCCAUCGAGCUGGACCACAACCCCUUCAAGUGUCCGGCUGCCGGCUGCUCCAAGUCCUUCAGGAAGGCCAGCCUGCUGCACUACCACAUCAAGUACUACCACUCUGAGCAGCAGCUGGACGCCGGCGUCGGCGCGGAGCCGGAGGCCUCCAGGAGGAAAAGGUCUGCUUCUGAAGGAGGCGACUUCCCGUCCAGCAAAAAGGCCGACGUCCAAACCGGCAGCUGUCGCCGUGACGACAGAGAGCAGAGCAUCAUGGGGACCGAGCUGAAGAAGGAGGAGAGGAAGGAAAAACCAGGAGGACACGACAGGAAGGAGAGGAAGCACUUCCUGCGAGUCAAACUGAGGAAGAAGAAAAAGAAGAAGAAGAAGAAGAGCCAGUCAGGAUUCGGCAGCAGCGACGACGACGCGCCGGACCGACCGCCCCUCACUCUGAAGCUUUCACACUCACACGUCGACGACGGCAGCGACUGGUCGACGCUGACGGCUGAGAGUGGCGAGGACACGUUCUGGCCCGUUGCUACGGAGACAGAGGACUGUGAGGUGGUGAGGUGUGUGUGCGAGGUGGACGAAGAGAACGACUUUAUGAUUCAGUGCGAGUCGUGUCUCUGCUGGCAGCAUGGAACCUGCAUGGGUCUAUAUGAAGACAACGUUCCUCACAACUACAUCUGUUACUACUGCAGGCAGACCUCAGGCUGGAGGCGGGCCCAGCGCUUCCUGUCUGAACCUGAUUUGCUGAUCUCGGGUCACAUGUUCGGCCUGUCCUGCGUGAAGGAGAACUACUCAGAGAUCAACGCCUCCAAGAUCUCCCACACCAGCCACCUGCUGGCCCAGACGCACAGCCUGCACCAGGUCCUGAGCGGCCUGCAGCUCAAGAUCAGCCUGCUGCACUCUCCGUCCCACCCCGACCUGCAGCUGUGGAGAUUGCCAUGGCGACAGGAGGAGGCUCUGAACCUGACGUCCGGCCAGCAGGACGAGCCGCCCAUCUGCUACGUCAGCAGCGAACACUGCUACCAGAAACCAGAGGCAUCAUGGGAAAUGGCGGAGGAAAAGGUAGGAGAGCCUGAAGAUCUGAGGAAACAACCGUCUCUGAGCAUCAUGGACGCCAACGCCGUGAGCCACUCAGACGCUCACUUCUUCCUCAGCAUCAAACCGGAGAGCCACUCAGAGGACGCCGGCCACGCCCACAGACAGGCCGCCGUGUCUGUGGCUCAGUGUCGGCUCAACCUGCUGGAUCACGUGGAGACGCUGCAUCACCAGAUCACCGCCAGGAUGGACCUGAUCGAGCGAGAGCUGGACGUUCUGGAGUCUUGGUUGGAUCACUCUGGGGAGCUGGAGCCUCCAGACCCUUUGUCCCGCCUCCCGCAGCUGAAGCAGCGAAUCAGGCGCCUGCUGAGUGACCUGUGUACGGUGCGGCGCCUGGCAGUCUGCCGCUGAGCGACUGACAGCCGCAGGCGAGUGGAAACGUAACGCUCUGUGAGUCGGUUCUGCUGGAAGAACUUUUUUGUAAAAAGAGACUAAACCUGGAGCUGACCUCCAUGACCUGUCCUCUGAUUGGCUGGCUGCUCCGGUUACAGACGCACCUCCGAACAAGAACACAGAUAAUUUUAUAACUCAGAUUUUGUAAUUGCACUAAUGUUAAUACCAACUGUAAUUAUUUCCUGUUUUGUAAUUUCAAAAGAAAAAACACAAUGAUGAUUUUUAAAGUUUGUUGGAACCACAAAAUGUUUUUUUCCCAGCAGCAGAUUUUCAUUUUCAUCUACAGAAGCUUCAUUUAUUCAGCUGUGAACAGACUGUAUGCAGAAUACCUGGGAGGGCCUGCAGGGGGCGCCUCCUUUCUUCUUCUAUGGUUUUAUGUUUAUGUUUUAACGACUGUUUUGAAUCAGAACUGAGCGCAGCAGAUCUGGACCAGAUUCAGCAGAUGGUCCCACUGUGUGUUUACUGGUAAGCCAGUAAACACACGGGCCACAGCCACUGGGCCACUGGUCCCACUGGUCCCACUGCUGCCACUGGUCUCACUGGUCUCACUGGUCCAGGAUGAGCGGGGCGAAGUCAGGGCUCAGCUUUGAGGUCAGUGUAAUUCAGACGUUUUGUAGAAUAAACCAGAUUAAACUCCGGAUGGAUCAGGACAGAUUUAUUUCUGAGACUCCGGCUCGGUUCGACUUGAGGACAGAUGAAGGAUCAUCUGAGCUGAAUCGUUCUGUCUGAUAUGUGAUGACAGCAGAAUUGAUCCAACCCUGAAGGUCUCGGAUUUUCUCUGUGAUCCAUUAGUCUGGUCUGGUUCAACAGUUCUCCAGACUUUCUGAAGUUUCCUCUGAAAAGCUGCUGUUUUACUUCCAGUCCCUGAUUGGCCCUUGUUCCAGCUUUAUUAGAGUUAGCACUGUGGAGGUUCUGGUUCUGCCCCGGUUCUGUUACCCGCUUGAUCUCCUGGAUCAGAUGAUGAAGAUGAUGAUCCAGGAGAUCAUCGUCUGUAGCAGCAGAUCUAUCUGUUGGCCAUCACACGGCCGUCAUAGUUAGGAAAAGCACUAAAUUUAUGUUUCUGUUAAAAGGUGAAUGCAGAAACAAUAAAAACCUGUCGGCCAAAUGAAAAAUAUUAAUCUGAGUGAAACUUGAUCCAUGUUUGGCUGAUUAAUCCUUCAUCUGCCGACCUCGACUUUUCACUCCAGAUAUUUAACUUCACAGAGGCUGAAUGAAACUGACGAUUUGGCCUUUAAUGCACUUCUGCAGCAGGAAUGUUGGUGUUUCACAUACAGUCUGGUUCCAACUAAAACCUGUUUAUAUUUCCCAACAGCUUAAGUUCUGACAUAUCCACUUAAAUAUUAGCUGUUUUAAUGAAGAUAACGUGUAAAAUCAGCUUCUAAAAGCUCCCAGAUCUUAGAUUCUGUUUUUCUUUAGUUUUAUUUUUACAUUGGUGCUUUAUGAGCUUCCCUCUACAGACAAGCAGAAUCAGUUUUCAUUCUCACAGUUUCAGCAUUUUUUAUUUCUUUUUACUGAGCUAAAAGCUGCUUCGUUUCAGUUUAGUGAGAAGAAAAAUGCUGGUGCUUCUUCACAGCACAGCUUGGAAAUGUACAAAUGUUAAUCUGAAUGUUUUUACGCUUGUAUAAGAAACUGUACAAACCUGUAGAUUUAUUUUGAUAGAGAGACGGAUGGACUGUUUUUCAGAAAGGAAAGUAGACUUUUUCCUGAAAAUAAAGCAGUAAAAUGUAUUCAACACUUUGUUCUACACGCUGGUUUUGAUCUGAUGGCGACGCCUCUAAAGCGUCUGUUUCCUCUCCUGUCAGUAGUUUAGACGUAAAGCUCUAGAUGUUUCUCAUUAACCCGUCGAAGCUUCGCUGUUCAUUUAGUUUCAGGCUGGAGGUUUUUGUUUUUCAGAGAUUCUUCCGUUGAAUAAAAAUGUUGAAACAUG